AAGUCUAUGUUCAGUGCAAGUCCGUCAACGCGAAACGCGAGAUCAUCAAUACACUUUAACGUGCUCACCUGAAGGAAGUUCCCAGCAGUAAUUCACAAUGAAAUUCUUAUUAUUGACCGUGUUCGUCUGCCUUGUUGUCUGCUUCAUGGCGACAUCUGCUGCUCCCUACGAGGAAGCCAUUCCCGAAGGUAUUGAGGGUCCUGGAAAUGAGCCUGUUAACCCAAGCGAUGAUCAGUCCAUCCUGCUCAAGCUGAAGCUGCUGAAGAAACUUCUGUUCCUGGGUUAAUUGCCGAGAGUUCAACAAUUGAUUAGCAUACUUUGUGUUUAGUGUUUAAUGCGGAUACCUAUUAAAAAUAACUACUAUAUAUCUUAA